GUUAACUUUGAUAGCAAACUUUUGUCACCCGUUUGUUAAGGUGGUUGUUGGAGGGAAAUUAGCAAAGGGUGUACCUAGGAAUGGGUGCAUCGAUACACGAAAAAUCCUGAUUAUUUUACGUUCGGCGUAUCGGAUUCCGGAUUGGAAGCAUAACUCUUCCGGCCUUUUUUUCCAUUCACCUAAUUUCAAAAAUUGUUUUUGUUUUUCAUGGUGAAAAAGGUAAGCUAAACUAGGUAGAACGGUGAAGCUUGCAGUUGUGAAUUAAAACCAUUUUUUUGGUACAGAAACGCGAGACAGCGAUGAGAAUGAGAUGAGAUGUGAAAUGAGCAGGAAAAGAUGGCCCACAAUAACGAUCACGGUUUGGCGCGGGAGAUUACGCAUGUUCGGCCUUAAUGCAUCAUGUAACCUUGCACUCUCAUCCUGUACACCAGCCAGGAUUGAAACGGACGGGGUGGGAAACGGACACGAAGGUCACCUAAUUUGCGUGCGUGUCAAUGUACGGUGGUGAGUGAGCAAAAUGCACAGAACGCUUUUCGGGGGACAAUGGUACCUCAUCGUGCUACUCUCAAAAAAGUUAGGGAAAAAGCGUUCUUUUCCGUCACCGUCGUGAUUUCACACCCUAUCAGAGGGGGAGGGGGUGGUUAUAGCGACCAACUCACGGGACGCAAAUAUUGCCGUGUCGGCAAUACACACCGCCAGCGAACGAUCACGGUCACCUACACAACCGUACGCCGGCCAUCAUAUGCUGCACGCGUAUCGCGGUGGUUAAAUUCAUGUGUAACAAUAUCGAAUUUGAUUUCAUUAACGCGGCGCUUCAUCGAAAAUGAAAAUGCAUCGCACACUUAGAUGAGAGUAGAGCGUGCAGAGAGAUUUUUGUGUAUUGUUUUUGUUUUGUGCGUUUGGUUUUGCAUAUUUCCUACAGGGAGGAAACUUUUGGCACAUUUUUUUGCCACUUUUCGAACGUUUUUUAUUGUUGCUCUGCAUGGAAGACAUUUUACGAAUACCAUUACGCAUUUGGCAAUAAUGUUGUGUAGAGAUAAAUAGAUGAAAUUUAAAUAAAAUUUAAUACAAAUCUCCCCAACGUCAACUUCCUCAGCUUGAACACGGUGUAAUUCAUAUCAUUAUUGCAGACUAUAAUAAAUCGACAUCUUGGUUAAUGCUUCUCUCUCCCGGUGCGGGAGUUACAUGCACAUAUUAAAAGGCAAUAAUAUAUUGAGACACCUUUCGUAGUGCAAUACGGCACGACAAUGUGUGUUUGGUGCAUGAGGUAAUGGCAAAAUAGGAUGCACACACAACGUCCCCAAAAAUAAAAAAAAAAACGCAACAAAACUGCAUCGCGUAGGUGCAUCGGAAAAAGGCGGGGAAAAUAAAAUAAAAUUAACCUCUUUAUCAUAAAAAAGCAUAUCACACUUUUUUUGUUGUUCGUUGUUUAGUUUAAUAUCGGCGGCACUUGCGUUCAUUCGUUCAUUUCCCCGUUUUUUCAGACGAAUAUUAUGGUUGCAAAAAUGAAUGUGUGUGCGUGCUUGUAUGGGAGGAAGCAAAUGCGUGUGCAAUGUUGUUGCUCUCACUCUUUCACUCUCACUCUCAGUUAGCGGUGAAAAAUUUUCGUCGAACGCGAUCCAACACUUCCACCCAACAACCGACGACUACUUGUUCUAGAAAAUACGCACACAAACACACACACACACUCGUGUCCGUAUUCCCCAAAACCACCCUUUUGUCGGGCUGCAUUAGUGUGCGGAUAUUGGGGGGUGGGCAAUGGGAGAAUAUAGUGUUCACGAGCGACCUUGAAUGUUAUUGCAAGCCGAAAGGAAAAGCAUAAGUUAAAGUGGAAGUACCGUUUUGGGCACACGUUACAAAAUGCUUCACAAACUGGCGUUCCAUCUAGUAGCCAUACUGCACACACACCAUUCGAUGUGUUUUCUGUCAAGAUUUUCGAAAAAUGUAAUCCAAGUAUGGUGGACGCUACAACCACUCGCAAGUGUGAUUGUGCUGCGGUCUAAUCAACUUCGUAUUACGAAGCAUAAAAGGGGCAAUGACAAGGUGGAUCAAGACGUUAUUUAUUUCAGAAAGCCAUUUAUUUGGACAAAGUGUUUUUCAUACGCCACUCAAUUUUUGAGACAAAAAAAAAAUCAAAGUGUCACUUACAAUUACAUUACCUACAUAAACGUAGGAUAUACAUAAACACCAUGAUACAAAACAGUGCCUACGGGAAUCCGAUACUGGCUAGCGGUUGGUUACCGCCACCGAUCUGCUUGCAAAAUCAAACCCUUGAUCUUGACUCGAACAAUAACGAUAAGAACGGUACAUUCGAAAACGGUGGUAAUAUUUGCUACAGAUACGCUGAACAGUGCGAUGAUCAUCAGCGCGAUGGAAUCACCCCAGUACAGGAACAUCCUACAGAUGAUGAUUCGACAAAGAACCAUUUCCAAACAUCGCACAAUGUUCAGAAUAAGACUGAUGAUGUCUGUAUUGUAACAUCACGCACUAGUCAGCCCGUCCAAGUAUCACAGUCCAAUGAUGAGCCUACCCAAAAAACAGUCGAAACAACGGACAAUGUUUCGACCGUGGAACAAAUGGUACAAAACUCUGAUGUGGCUGAUGUGGUCGAAUCGUCAAAAACGCAGGAUAUGGAUGAAUCGGAUUAUAUAAUACUCCGUCCAAUGAAUGCGUUUCUAUUGUUUUGCAAAGUACACCGCAAAAUAGUGAGGAAACGUUAUAAGGUGGAAAACAGGAAUAUAACGAAAAAACUCGGCUUAUGGUGGGGUCUUCUUACGAAGGAAGAGAAGUUACCCUUUCAAAAUCUGUCCAAUGAGCACAAGGACAAGCUGUAUGCCAUCGACCCAAAUUUCCAAUGGACCAAGAAAGCUAAAGUGCGGGCAAAAGCACCAAUGGCAACACGUACUAAAGAUGCAAGUGCAAAUACAACGUCAACUGCUCCAGAGGCUGAACCGAUGGAUGUAGCUGAUGAUACCAUUUCUAUUGAAAGUUUGGAAGCGGCCGAAGCUUUGGUAAGAUUGCAUGAAGGCAUUGAGGUGCUUUCGUUGUCCAAGCUGGCGAACGAAGCAGAUAUGGGAAAGUUGAACGAGCUGUGCAAAGAAACCGGUAUGCAACAGCCUGCUGCAAAACCAAUUGCGAGUCAGACAUUGGAAUCACAGUGCAAUCAAUCAUCUCAAAUGGCUCCGGACGCGGGUGCUCCUGUUCUUGAUGGUUUGGCAGAUCAGACUGAAGCUGGCCCAAGUACGCAGAGAGCUCCGCGAGCAUGUAAAGGAAAGCGGUACAAAGACUUCAUGAGUCAUAUGCUUUCACGCGCCCAAUCGAAACCAGCGACAAUCUCGAAGAAGUCGCCAAAAGCUCCCACCAAACAACGGAAAACCGGCAAAGUGCAAACAACUAUCGCAAACGCCGUUACAGUUAAUAAAGCCUUUAUAAAGUUUACCGUAGGCGAGUUACGGAAGGAGUUGUUGGACCAAAUUCGUUAUUUGCCUGUCAUGAGCAUUGACCACUUUGUGGCCAUACAAAAUGCAUACAAACAGCGUAAAAAGGCACAAGAAUCAUCAGCACCAGAGCACCAAAGUGACGUUCCAGCUGAUGUUGUGGUUGAGUGUAAUACAGUCGAAAGUGCACCGAUUGGUACAAUUGCACAACCCACAGCGGAUGACGCAACUGCUUCAGAGGUACCAGAAAUGGUGCGACCUACACCCACCAAACUCGUCGGCAGUAGCAAACGGAAAUCUCCCAAAGAACGCAUUACACAUCACCCUCAAUCAGCGACGGUGGAACGCCAAACCAUCUUGAUAUGCCAUAUGCCUGAGGCAAACAACGGUGUCUGCCAUGGCCGUGCGGGCCAACAUGACAAUCCAAUGACGUUCCAAUAAGGAUUUAAAUUUGGCGAAAAGCUCAAUCUCCAAAAAACGCAACUUCCUUCUCGGAUCCUGACGGAAAAUGGAUCUUUUUAUGAAGGAUUAAGUACAUGAUCGUCAGGUGAUUAGAUUUUAUUUUUCUUAAGCCAUUCAUUAAUUUACUUAAGCAGAUAAGUAUCGGCAUAUGUUCAAUUCCGCUAAGUUACCGGCACAAAUAAGUGUUAUUUUUAUUAUUUUAUUUUUGUUUUCCAAUUGCACCAAGUUAGUUGUUCAUUUGUUGAUUAAGUUAAAAAACAAAACAUUACAUUUCAUGCUCACGUUAUGUAAAGGAGGUUAAAGGCGAAUAGUGAAUAGGCGAAACAUUUUUUUGCAUUUUAAGUAACAUUAGCAAGGCUAACCAACAGCACAGUCAGAAAGCGAAAUACCAAAAUGGAUACUUAUCUAGUUGGAGCGCACACUGUAUCAGUGGCCAUAGUUCGUCGCCAAAAAACGGAAUACAGAGCAAUACCUAAUCGCUGACAGUUGUAGUGCGUAUAUCGUAUGCAUUAAAAAACGAUUUUUCAACUUAUUUGGGCGAUUUUUGAGAUGAGUUUCCUGUCACUUAUUGGUGCCAGCAUUGUGCUCUCUUUUGUAAAGCAAUUUGAAUUGUAAUUGUAAUGGAAAAUGCGAAAACGAUCGUAAAAAAUUUGGUGAAACUUCGUGUCCGCCAGACACGACAGUUGAUCUGGCAUUUGGAUUAUUUACAUUCAGGCACUAUUCUCCUAUCUUCUCCUAUCAGAAUGUGAAACAGUUGUCUUGUUUUGUCAGCCCAACAACAUUUAGACGUAACCAAAAAGUGCAGCAAGAUCUAAAUACAUAGAUCAAAGUGAUUUCUUAGUUCUCUAUAGAAGAUGAAUCAAUAGGCCAAACAGUUUUAAAGUAUCUGGACAAGAUGAACUUUGUUGUGCGGAAGUAUCAGUUCAAUCCAGUGGAGGCGGAGGCCUUUGCUAAGGUUCUGGUUAGUCAAUGUAAGGUCAACCAAUGGGCCGUAGACCAAAACUGCAGUUCAAUUCAGCCAUCUUUAUACGUUUAUUUUUUUCAUCGUCAUUUAUAAGCAGUCCAUUUUUUAACACAUACGUUAUUUGUAAUGUAAAGUCAAUAUACAUCUGUUCGAAUUGAACAAGAGCCAAUUUCAUAAAUGUGAACUUUGAAACGAAAAUACCUAUAAAUUAUAUUAACUAGAUCGGCAACAGCUAAGUCGUGAAGGAGAAGAAUGAAAAUAAUGUAAGUUAUCUGUAGCUAACCUAACCGCCCGAUGAUGAAAAUGAAUCUUAUUUUACGGGUAAGAAGGUACACAGAGGUGCUGUGAAUUCUAACGCGAUCAGUUUAGCAAGGUGUCUUUGAAUUGCUUCCUUAUGUGCCGUUUUUUGUUUUGUUUUUUGUAUUUUUUUAUUAUUAUUUUUUUUUUUUAAAUAUUUAAUAGAUAUAACAAUUCAGUUUUAUUACACUUAAUAUUCAUAAGCACUCACCCCUGGCGGAUGAAAUGACGUAAAAAUGUUAUUUCUUCCUAUGGUACGCUUAAAAGCAUAAAAUGUGUUAACACAUACAUGUUUAUCAUUUUAUUACGUUGUUUUGCUAAUACUGAAGAAUUAUUUUCUAUUUAAAAUGGCAUUCGUUUUGUGUACUGUUGUUCUCCUUUUUUCUGCAAUAAUGUUUUGCGUAAGACAUAUUUAAUUUGGUAUUUAUUUAUUACUUCUGUGCCGGACCCACAUCACAGCAAUACGAAAACGAUGAACUGUGGUACUGUAGUUGCCAAUUAAAUUUUAUUCAUCACAUCACCAUGCAAAGUUAACUCCAAAGGACAGCAAAAUUGUCCUAGAACAAAACAUUGUGAUUAAAAGUUUUCAAAACGGAAUAGAAUUCUUGUUCACUUUUAUUGUCCUAUUAGUUACAAAAGGUUAAAAUGGACAAAAGUUAUUGUUAUUUGUACUAACCAGUAAAGACAUGGAAAGAGACAUGGAGCGAGACAGAGAGAGAGAGAGAGAGUAACAAAGAGAGAGAAGGAUAGAGUGAAAGGUAAAAAAAACUUUGUUUUGUUGCAUAUUAAUGUCUAAUUGAUUCAUUAAGCGUUUGAUAAAUAUCUGUGUAAGUGUAAUAAGAGGACAGUUUUGUAUUAAAAAAGUUUAAGCAAAAGGUUUAAUCAAAAGACGAACGAUACGCAAAAGUGAGGACCAACUUUUAGAAUCAAUCCAUUUGAAAAACUCAAAAUUAAAUUGUAUUUCGUAUGUUAUACGCAACAUUUAUCGAUGCUGUUAGGUAGGCGAACAAUAAAUAUUACAGAAUAAUAAAUAUAAGUACAGAAUACAGUUACAGGAGUUAAUUUACAAUUUAAAACUGUCCAAUAUUAUCAUUCUCGCCUUUGAACACAAGUAUGAUAUUUUCUCACACGCAUUAUGAGACGGAUUUAGUCACGACUCGGCCCAUAACCGUCCCUGACAUGUAUCAAUACUAACAACCAGUGUUUUAAUGUUACAAAAUUUCUGUUUUUUCAAUUUAUAUUCUUUUAAAAAUAGCCAACACGUAGUGUUAAGUUCAGUAUUCUUCUGAAGGUUAAAAGACGCUUUCUCAUAGUUUUUUUCUCUGACAAAAAAAAACAAAUUUUUAUUAUGUUAUCAAUUUCUAAACCUUUAUGUAAUUUUUCAACAUAUCCUAAAGACAGAUUAUUGAGCCCGGAUUCCUUUACUGUGCUUUUUAUUUAGUUCUCUUUAUUGCGGACAACGAUCUGAACGAUCACUAGAGAUCGUUCACUAGAGAGCAACACUAAAGAUAAGCAUUGUCAAAAAUACUUUCUUUUUCAACAAAAUAAAAUAGUUCAAGUUCGUUAAUA